AUGUUGGCCUCUCCACUCCCGUCAACAGACGUCAAAUCGGAUCAAAGCUUCUCAGAGGCCGCUCUGAUUGAACCACAGCACCUGAUCGCUGCGCCCCCUCGCCGGACGUCAUACAACUUAUAUUACCACAAUACCAACGAGCCCUACGUCUACCCCGAAUUCAAUUGGCAGAGUCAUUCAACUAUUCAGUUCCCGACCAUGGGCGAUCAACCCCGUUCUGAGAGCGACACUAUUGAAAGCCAGUUGCGUAACAGCCCACUGGCAUCAGCGCUGGAGCCUUACCAUGGGCCUGCGCCAGCCUCUACCCCAUCGUCAAGGAGUGACACUUUCAAUUCAGAUGCCGGGCAUGCCAAUCUGGAGAUGUGCAUUGCCCCACAAGCUGCGCAAAAUGAUAGCAAAGCGGAAGAACCUUUGCAGGUUUCCAAUAAGCGUCCCCGAUCCCCUUCCCUUUCACAGUUGGACAAUCGAUGCUUCGAGAGGUAUCAUCAUCCACAUGGACCUUCUCCAAACUUGUCGCCACCCAGUGCCCCUCAGGCGCCGACCCCACUCAAGAAAGAAAGUGAGGAUUUGAGUAGCCUGCCCCCCAUUGUGACGCGGGAGGAAAUAGAGCGGGGCACGGUUGGCAACACCAACAAACUAGCCCUGCAUGUCCCCGCUGCCCAUCUGGAGCAUCACAAUCACGAUUCGGUCGCGGUUGACGCGUUGGAAAACUCGUCUGUUCGGAGAUCGCCCGAGGCGAACUCAGAUUCACCAUCCCAGCAGGUUCAUUUCUCCAGUCACUCCAAUGGCUAUCUCUCUGCUCUCCCCUCUCCGGUGCUCCCUCACUGCAACAUUCUUACUGGAGACCGAGAGUCAUAUCCCGGUUCUCCCAUCGUGGCACUCACGGCACCCAAUUCAGCGACAUUCCCACCCGAGCCAAACUCCUCCUUCAGUCCUCUCAACGCUCAGCUUCAAUCAAUUGCGAAUAAUCCUCAACAUGCGGUUCCAAAUUCAACAAACGACUAUCGUGCUGCCGACCCGCCGUUUUCUCAGACAGCCCCACCUCGCUUACUUGGGCCGUCUUACCCCAGCAAUGGGGGACCUCAGGAAGUUGACUCAUCCGCUGCAACAGUAGCUGGCGUGCCCGGAACCCGCGCGACAGUCUCUCCCACUCCACAGCCGACGCAAGCAUCAUCUUGGAGCUCCGUGGAAACCCAAGCCCCUCGUCGCAGAGGCAAAUUGCCAUCAGCUGUGACAGCUAUCUUGAAGGGUUGGCUGAUGGCGCACACCACUCAUCCCUACCCGACCGAGGAAGAGAAGAAGUCCCUUUGCCAGGAGACCAACUUGACAAUGAACCAGGUAAGUAAUUGGUUCAUCAACGCGCGUCGAAGGAUUUUAGUCCCGCCCUCAGCCGCGAACUCCGUUCACGAGGUCAGACAACCCAUUCGACGACAGGCGCAGUCGCAGCUAGCGCGGGCCGCGGGUCAUGCUGGGGCUAUUCCACCUUGCCUCACCAUUCGUCACCUUGGUCCCCCAUCGCUUCGCACUAGUCCUUCACCUACUAUGUCGAUGUUUUCUCCUGUGUCUGCUACUUCUCCCAACCUCUCAAACGGUGGGAUAGCCUUCGAUUUCCAUUAUCCGAUGACCCACCAGCCCGGUCAAGAUAACCAAUACCAGGGCGAAGGGCUUUCUUCAUGUCGUUCGAACAGUACCUUGACUCCUUGCACCAGCCAAUGGCCCAACUCAACCCACCUCCUGCGACAAGCUCCAAACUCGCCGUUGUAUCCUUCUCAUGGGACCCACAGCCAUGUAUCGUAUUAUCCAUCCUCUCAACCUUUCCAGGGCUACCCUUCGAGUCACUCUUCCACUUCUACACCACUACCGUCACCACACUUUUCUUCAUCUUUCCAGAAUGGUUCAGUCCAUCAUCCUAACCCUCAAGCACCCCUCCAUUCACCGCGACCAAAUCCAGACUCCCACCCCUCCACACCGACUCUGUCUCACUCCAGUAAUGAGCAUCAUUCUACACCAGCUUACAUGUCUCUAGCCCCAUGCAAUCCGUCCAUCAGCUAUCCAACAAACCAAGAUACUGACAAAUGA